AUGUAUGCAUUGCCUACUAGUGAUGAACUUGCCGGUCACCUGUGCGUACCGCCUGACACGGGUAUAGAGCGUGCUACUCUAGGUGCUGGUGAGGCUGCUGCUCUUGGUGCUAGUGAGUAUCCUGCUCCAGGUACAGGUGCGGCUGCUGCUCUAGGUGCUAGUGAGUCCGCUUCCUCAGGUGCGGGUGAGUCUGCUCUCUCACGUACCGCGUCGGCUCCAGCCUCUCACACCUUCACUCUUGACUCGGGGGCUUCCCGCUCCUUCUUUCGAGACCGCACCACACUCACGCCGCUUGGUCGGCCAGUUGCAGUCUCUCUGGCAGACCCCUCUGGGGGUCCUGUCCUUGCCCACUUCUCCACUGUCCUCCCGUGUCCGGCGGCCCCCUCUAGCACCCUGUCUGGUCUUUACCUCCCCUCGUUCUCUGCGAACUUGGUGAGCGGUGCUGACCUACAGGAUGCGGGGGUUCACCAGUUCACUCCUGCGAGUCAGCGGGUGACCCACUACACGGACGCUCGGACAGGCCGACACCUGGCCACGUUUACACGUCGGCCGGGGUCAAGCCUGUACACGCUGACCACUGCGUCUCCUCCAGUCACUGCGUCUGGUCAGGUAGCUGCGUCGGGUCAGGUGUUUGCUGCAGCGUCCAGGUCUGGUCCUGAGUCUGCCCCCUGCUCGUGUCAACUCCUGUCUCACGAGACUCUCCUCUGGCACCACCGCCUUGGUCACCCCUCCCUGCUUCGUCUCCGAAGCAUGGCCUCCCGUGUCCUUGUCUCUGGUCUUCCCCGGUUCCUCCUUCCCCUUCCUCCGGGGCCUGGCCCUACCUGCGUUCCCUGUGUCGAGGGGCGGCAGCGGGCUGCCCCUCACUCCUCUCAGUUUCCUCCGACAGAGGCCCCGCUGCAGACGCUUCACAUGGACGUGUGGGGCCCGGCCCGCGUUCGCGGACAGGGUCACGAGCGCUACUUCCUGCUGGUGCUCAGGCAGAGCUUCGGCUCGGACUUUCCUGUUCCUCGCCUGCACUCUGACAGAGGAGGAGAGUUCUCCUCUGGCCUUCUGCGAGCCUAUUGUCGUGCACAAGGCAUCCGCCAGACCUUCACGCUUCCGGACUCUCCACAGCAAAAUGGGAUUGCUGAGCGCCGCAUUGGCAUGGUCAUGGACGUCGCCCGUACGUCCAUGAUGCAUGCGGCUGCCCCCCAUUUUCUGUGGCCGUUUGCGGUCCGGUACGCGGCGCAUCAGAUCAACCUUCAGCCCAGGGUCUUCAUGCCGGAGACCUCCCCAGCUUUGCUGUGGACGGGGAAGGUUGGCGAUGUGUCUGCGUUCCGUGUCUGGGGAUCUCGGGCGUUUGUCCGCGACUUGUGUGCGAACAAGCUGUCCCCUCGUGCUGCUCCCUGCGUCUUCCUGGGUUUCCCCCCUAACGCGCCAGGGUGGCAGUUCUACCACCCCACCUCUCGCCGUGUUCUGUCCUCCCAGGACAUCACGUUCGACGAGCCGGUCCCCUACUACCGUCUCUUCCCCUACCGCACUCAGUCCCUCCCCCCGCCACCGUUCUUCCUUGUGCCAGGUCCCCCCCCGGUAGACCCCCUCCCCCCUCAGGGUCCUGCCCCUUCAGGUGUGUCCCAGGUAGACUCUGUUGAGCCUGUCGAGGUCACUGGUGACUCUGGUGCUGCUGAGGGUGCUGAGCCUGGGAGUGCUACGCCUGGAGGUUCUGAGCCUGGAGGUGCUGAACCUGAGGGAGCUGGGCCAACUCAUGUGGCGUCUCGCGGUGCUGUGCCUGGCGGUUCUCCGGGUGCCUCAUCUCGCCGGGAGCCACUCUCUCCACAGGAGCUGCGUGAGUGGUUUGCCCGGCGCUGGAGGCGAGCUGCUGGAGCUGGAGGUGCUGCGGGUACUGGAGGUUCUGCUGCUGCUGAGGGUGCUGGUGCCGCGGGUCCUGGAGGUGCUCGUACUGGGAGUACUGGAGCUGUUGGGCCUGAGGGUACCUCUGGAGUUGGAGCUGCUGCGGGUGUUGGCGCGGAGGCUACUGGUGUCGGUCCUGGAGGCGGUCCUGCUGGUGGUGCUACUUGUGCUGCUGGAGGUACUAGAGCUGGAGGUGCUGCUGGUGCUGGUGCUGCCGCUGGGGGUACUGAGCUAGGGGGUGCUCAGCCUGGGGGUGCUGAGCCUGGGAGUGAUGAGCCUGGGGGUGCUGACUAUGGGGGUGCUGAUCCUUGCGGUUCUCCGGGUGCCUUGUCUCGCCGGGAGCAACUCUUUCCACAAGAGCUGUGUGAGUGGUUUGCCCGGCGCUGGAGGCGAGCUGCUGGAGCUGGAGGUGCUGCGGGUACUGGAGGUUCUGCUGCUGCUGAGGGUGCUGGUGCCGCGGGUCCCGGAGGUGCUCGUACUAAGAGUACUGGAGCUGCUGGGCCUGCGGGUACUUCUGGAGUUGGAGCUGCUGCGGGUGUUGGCGCGGAGGCUACUGCUGUCGGUCCUGGAGGCGGUCCUGCUGGGGGUGCUACUGGUGCUGCUGGAGGUACUGGAGCUGGAGGUGCUGCUGGUGCUGGUGCUGCCGCUGGGGCAAUCUUAACAUUAUAG